ACAGAAGUCCCAGAAAAAUUCCAAAAAGUGAAUUGAAUUCAAGAGCCCCCACAUCCACCGAUGCAAUAUAAAGAUAAAACAAAAUUGUAUAACGCCAUCACAGCAUAAGCUGUAAAUUUAUAGAGUUUCCAUGUAAUACUAUAUUGGAUUUGGAGCUGUAUAUAUACUACGUGUUUCUGUUCAUGGCUAAGUUAUCAACCUAUAAAUCGUGACCCUCCGAGAACCAGAGCGAAACGGGCAGUUUCCGAUACAACUAGGGCACAUUCCCGCCGUCCCUCUCAAACCCAUUUCAUCGUUUCCUUUCUGUGUAACCAAAAGGUGGUGGAGGAAAUUCUGAGUGAAGUGAGGGAGACAUGGGUGUGUCGUUCCAGGUUGCAAAGACGGGUACGAGGUACAGACCGAAGCUGCUUCCGACUGAGGAGAAAGACAGCAGUGAAAACGACUCGGGUUCUGACCCUCAGCAGCGAGAGAACGAGGUUAAUUGUACUGGGAUGGGAGCUAAGGUUGCUGCUGCUGAUCCUUCAAGUGUAUUAGUCAAUCCUCAAAACCACUCAGUUUCAGAGGAUUUUGAGGUAUGCUUUUCACUGAAGUUGUUUGAGAAUGGAUUUAACGUGGGAAAAGCUAACGAGCUGCUCAAUGGCGUACCAGAGCACUUGCAUCCAUAUGAUAGAGCAUCAGAGAAACUUUUUACGGCGAUUGAGUGUGGUUGGUUACCUGGAGCUGUUUUUGAUGCCUUACCCUGCAAAUAUGUCAAUGGAGCCAUCCUUUGUGAGAUUCAAGAUUACCGCAGUUGUUUGAUCCAAGAAAGAGCGACUGUUCCUAUAAAUAAAGUUCCAAGUGUUCACAAGGUUCUCUUGCAUAUGCGCACGGAAAAUGUUGUCAAAGACAUCUUGUCAAUCUCCAAUAAUUCUUGGACCUACAGAGACUUUUUGGAAGUUGAGUCCCAAAUUGUCAAGGCUCUGCAACCUGCUCUUCAUCUAAAUCCACAGCCAUUGCAGGACAUAUACUCUGGAGAAUCCUUAAGAAAGAAGCAGAUCGAUCUUGGAAUUGUGUGGAGCUGGAAAAGGCGAAAGCUGAGUGAUGCAUCAGACACCGACAUAGGUUUCAACAACUGUCAUCGUGUAGCUGACAUUACCGUUAAUUGUGCUACUCAGAGUUGCAGCUCUCUAGCUGGUUUAUCGUAUCAAGAAAGAGGCAUUACAUUUUCAGAGCACAAUGUUGUACGAGAGAACUUAUUAUCCACAAGAAAACAACCUUCUUCAAGAGAAUUGGGGAGCUCACUUUCCGAUCUGUUGACAUCACAAGCCUCGAUCUAA